AUGGACAGCGACACUGCCACCACUGUCAACAGCAAUAUGAUGGAUACCAACAAGAAGGAUGCCAGCAAGUCGCCUUCACAUUGCGACAGUUCGUCGCCCUCAGCAUCUUCUCUAUCUUCGACUUCCUCCAAAGAGAAAAAGCGUCCUAAGAGACAGUCCUCUCAGAAUGUUAAUUAUGAUUUGAAGAGGAGGAAAAUCAUUACUUGUGACGGUACAGAAACGACGUUUAAACACGAGCACGAUAACCUUUUACUUGAGGACGGUAUUAUAGAGGAAGAACCUAAGGACCUUUUGGAAAAAGAUUCUAAAGGUAAUAUAAUCAAACUAAAUGAACCAUCCACCACUUUGGAGGAUUCAAAGACCUCCAUUACUGGAUUGCCGUUAAAUAAAGGCCCCUCUGAAAAAAUUAAACGAGAGUCUCUUUGGAACUAUAAAAAAAAUGUGGGAGGCCAAUCAAAUAAUUCGGAACUAACCCUUGUUCCUAGUGUGAAAUCCACGCAAGUGCCUAAAAAUUUUCAACAGUUGAACAAAGAUGACCUGAAAACAUUCUUAACAGAGAACGUAACUGAAGAGAGCAAUUUGAGAUCAACCAAAAGUUGGAAGACCGAUAUAAUAGACAGGGACCAUGACCAUGAGCACGAGGGCGAUCAUCAUAAUAAGAGAUCACCGAAUGUUAAGACUAAAAUAAUACUUUCAACCAAUGCAACUUACGAUUCAAAGAGCAAGUUGUUUGGCCAAAAUUCUAUUAAAUCAAGUGUGGAUGCGAAUGAAAAAAUUUUCAAGGAUAAAAACAGUGCAACGAUAGAUUUUGAAAAUGAAGAUUUUUGUUCUGCUUGCAACCAAUCGGGCUCAUUCUUAUGUUGUGAUACUUGCCCUAAAUCCUUUCACUUUCUUUGUUUGGAUCCACCUGUUGAUCCCAACCAUUUGCCUGAAGGUGAUUGGCACUGUAACGAAUGCAAGUUCAAAAUCUCGAUAAAUAACUCAUUGACCAUUUUGAAGAAAAACGAAUCCAACUUCAUUAAACAAAACGAUAGCAUUAAGAUCUUUACUAAAUUACUUUUCAAGAUCGAUUCAUCUAAUCCAAGGCAAUUUCAAUUACCAAAUUAUAUAAAAGAAACUUUUCCUACUGUAAAAACGGGCCCAAGAGGUCAAUACUCUGAUGAAAAUGACAAGAUUCCUUUAACUGACAGGCAGUUGUUUAACACUUCUUAUGGCCAAAGCAUAACAAAAUUGGACACAUACAACCCAGAUAUACAUAUGGAUUCAGAUACGGGUAGGUUCUUGAUUUGUUACAAAUGUAAUCAAACAAGAUUAGGAUCAUGGUCUCAUCCUGAAAAUGCAAGAUUAAUAAUGACAUGCGAUUAUUGCCAAACUCCGUGGCAUUUGGAUUGUAUACCUAGAGCUUCUUUCAAAAACCUAGGCUCAAAAUGGCAAUGCCCAUUACAUUCUCCGACUAAGGUUUGCAAAAAAAUACACUACCAUCAAGAAGACGAUAAUUCAAAUUACAAGGUUUGGAAAAAGCAGCGUUCGAUAAAUAAGAAAAAUCAAAUUUAUUAUCAACCGUUACAAAAAAUUGGGUGCCAGAAUGACGGCAACAUCCAAAUUAUGCCAACUAUUAGUAAUACCGACUACAGUUACAACCGAGAUUUCAAAAUCACUCAAAUAGACGAAAAUUCCAUCAAGUAUGAUUUUUUUGAUAAAAUUUACAAGUCGAAAAUGGUCCAAAAAAGAAAACUUUUCCAAUUUCAGGAGGACUUAAUUGAUAAAUUAGUAUCAAAUGCAUCACAAAAUGGCAAUACCCAAGAUAAUAAAAUCAAGGAUAUUGCCUCAUUAAUAUACUUCCAAAUAAGUAACGACAAUAAUAACAGCAAACCAGCUGAAAAAAAAAAUAAUCUACAGAAACUAUGGGACCUUAAGGAACUGUCAAAUGUAGUGGUACCAAACGAACUAAAUUCCAUGCAAUUUAACGACUUUUCCAGUGAUGAUAUCAGAAAUUUACUGUACCUGAAAAAGAUUAUUGAAUCCAAACCAAAGGAUGAACUCUUAAAAUUUUUAGACAUGAAAGAUCCAGACAACUGA